CCCUUGCUUUCCUGGCCGCCACUUGUCCCUUUCCUCGGCUUUACGUUCGGGGAGCGGGCGGGAGGAGGGCGAGGUCGCCUCAGUGUCAGUGGUAGAAAGGGCAGUGGGAGUGGCAGCCAUGCUAGCUGGGGAUAGGCGGCGGCGGCGGGCAACGUAUGGCUGCUGGUGUGCGGCCGCCUCGCCCCUUUCGCGGGACCGGCCCCUGGCUCGCACCCGCGGCGGCCGCGUGCCCUCUGAGGAGCGUUAACCGCCGGCCGUGGCGCGUGCCGCCUCCCCCAAAGGGGCAGGAUCGGGGCCUCGGACUGUGGACUCGCCCGCGUGUGUCCGGAAUUGCUGAAAUCCUGAUGAACAGAGCCCAUGCCAAAAAUUCACUGGGAAAAGUACUUGUUAAUGAACUAUUCAGAGCUCUAGAAAGUCUCCGUUGUGAUGAAAGGAUCCGUGUAGUAGUGUUUAAAAGUGAAGUAAAAGGCGUGUUUUGUGCAGGCGCUGAUUUAAAGGAGCGGGCACAAAUGAAUGAUACUGAAGUUGGACACUUUGUUCAUAGGCUGAGAAGUUUAAUGGAUGAAAUUGCUGCACUGCCUAUGCCCACAAUAGCUGCAAUAGAAGGCUAUGCAUUGGGUGGGGGAUUGGAAUUGGCAUUAGCGUGUGAUCUUCGAAUAGCAGCUUCAUCAGCUAAAAUGGGCCUGAUUGAGACCACAAGAGGACUUCUUCCUGGUGCAGGUGGAACCCAACGCCUGCCCCGCUGUAUUGGAAUAGGUCUUGCUAAGGAACUCAUUUUCACUGGCAGACAGAUUGAUGGACAACAAGCACUCUCAAUAGGAUUAGUAAACCACACAGUGCCACAGAAUGAUGAAGGGGAUGCUGCUUACCAGAGAGCAUUAACCUUAGCUAAAGAAAUUGUUCCUCAGGCUCCCAUAGCUGUGAAAAUGGGUAAACUGGCAAUAAACAGAGGGAUAGAGGUGGAUAUUGCAUCGGGGAUGGCUAUUGAGGGAAUGUGUUAUGCGCAGAAUAUUCCUACAAGAGACCGCCAGGAAGGGAUGGCUGCCUUCAGAGAGAAACGUCCACCCCAGUUUAUUGGGGAAUAGCCCUCCAAGGAUUUCCUUAUUCCAGGGCAUGAUUCUUUAGGAAGUAAAAUGGAGGUGCAGAACCUUAAACUUAUUGAAAUUGUUAAAUAUUGAAUUCUAUAAGCUUAAUUCUUUGCCAUGGACACUGCUACAUUCCUGGACACUCCAUAGGAGACAGUUUUACAAGGAUAAUUAAGGUAUUGAAUAGUUUCAUUAACAAAAAAAUAAGGCUUUUUAGACUGGUAAGGCUAUGAAUGACUAAAGUCAUGUGAGAGACUGGGAUUGUACACUACGCUGUCAGGAGAGAGAGCCCUUUGCUACAGGUCCAAAUCCAGAACAGGUACACAAUGAAUGAAAGACCAGUACAGUGGUCCAGCUGAAGGAAUUUGAUCUCAGUUCAUUUUAAGUGGGCACUACACCUGCUUGUAAUUACAACAGAAACUUAUUUGGCCUAGUACAUGUAGGUGUUCAGGCCUGAAAGGGAAAGCAUAUACUGCUAUUUGUUACGGGAUCUGGCCUAAAUUAAUUUCAGAACUCAUUAUCAAUUUUUGGAAUGCAAAGUUAUUUUAUGUUUCCUCUUUGUAUUGUAUGUAAACCACAAAUAAACUCUGUGCCUUUA